AUGAAGCUGCGAAUAUUGACGUUUAAUCUCUUCUUUGACGAAAAAGCACGCUAUAUACGCAUGAAAGCAAUAGGUCGAUUGGUGGAAAAUACACGUCCUGCUGUAAUUGGGUUUCAGGAGGUUACACGCGAAAUGUUAGCGAUGCUUAAAGCGCAGAAUUGGGCAAGAUAUUACGAUUGCAGUGCAGAUAUGGUACCACCUUUAGAGGCACCUUAUUUUGUGGUCUUAUUCAGUGCCUUACCUGUUCAAGAUGUUCAAACUUACCCAUUUGUCAAUUCCAAAAUGGGUCGUGAACUUGUGUAUAUGCAGAUUGAACCUAUAUUAGGAAAAACCCUCAUUAUAGGCACCGCUCAUCUUGAAAGUUUACCCCAAUUUAGUACCAUUCGAGUAGCCCAAUUCAAGGAAAGUUUAACACUUUUACGGGACAGAGUGAAAAAAAUGAGUCUAAAAACUGAUCCCAAAAGACAAAAUGGGACUAAAAGACCAAGAGAUGAAGGGAAGAUUUGUAUGGGAGCAAUAUUUAUGGGUGAUACGAACUUAUUACGUUCCGAUAUGAAACUACUGGAUCCACAUCUUGCAGUAUUUGCUGAUAUAACUGUCGAAAUGUCAAAAACUGGACGAGCCAAGUGUCGUAUUUGUGGAAAUUUGAUUCAAAAAGGAGUGAUACGUGUGGGUAAAAUCAUGAAGGAAAAGGUCAGUGGAGGAAACAAAAUGCGAGAGAUUCAAAGAUGGCUACAUGUGGAUUGUUACUUGAGUGUGUCAUUGACGACGGAUGAAGAGAAAGUAUUUGUGCAAAGAAAAAGGAAGCAAUUAGAUGGUAAAGAGCUGGAUAAAGAUGAUGGAGAGGAGUUGGAUAUGGCUACAGUUGGGCUACCGAAUGGCUGGAAGGAUCUUUGGCUGUCAGUACCUGGUAAUACGGAGGAAAAUGGCUACACGUUUGAUGGUACACGCAAUACUUUGGUCACAAGUCGAUCCUUCCGCAGUCGACUCGAUCGUAUGUACUUUUACUUGGCACCAACUGACGAAACAGUGAGGUGUGUUUUCGACGAGAUUGCAAUUGUGGGUCAGCAGAAAAUCACAGAUGGGAUUUGGCCGUCGGACCAUUUUGGGCUACUUGGCACUUUUGAUAUCCGCGAAGAAGAUGAAAAACGAGACGCUCAUGAUGCAAAAGCUGAAAGUAAGAAAGCGAAGAGAACGAAAUCAAGCUCGCAUGUUGGUUCGAGACAUUCGCCGAUAUCAAUCGAGUAA